ACCACACCAUGCCUACGUCUAGAAUAACCCGUGUGAGCUCUGAUGAAGUCGUUGAAAAGAAAAAUCUCAUUCCGGAACGGACAAUUGAUUGAAUCCACAGCGAUCUGGGCCGCCGCAUUGGCUAUCGGCGACGACGAAGUAAUAUUGAUCCAUCAGUCCCAAGCAAAACCUCGUGAACUGUUGCAAUCAAAUUUCAGUGCUUGCCAGAGAAACUUGACUGCCAUCAGUUUACAUGGGAGACACGGUGGAUUAUUCUGACUUGAGCAAGAACCCUAAACCUGGCAGUGUCAUGACUGGGAAAAAAGCAUACAGAUGUUCGCUAAUUGCAUCUCGCCCUAAAUGUUUUGCAAAGAGAAACCAUGAACGCCUUGUUUCACUGAUCCAUGGCGGCUUUGGAAGUAGUUCUGUGGGUCGUUUCACAUUUUUUUUACUUAAAGUUGCUGCUUUAGAGAUCCUAAGGAGGUUCUCCAAAAGAAGAUGUCCAUCUGUAUGGCGAGGCCUUCAGGCUCUACAAAUCCUUUGUUAUCCGCCUUUUCAAUGGAUCCAGAGAUGGGCACCCUUCAAGGGUUUGGUUAAAAGCAUGCAGGUCCUAUCAAGACCGUUGCUAGCCCUUACAAUUGGAACAGUUUUUUGUGAUCAAUCAGAAGGUAGUGAUGGAACGUCAGAUUGUAUUACUGAUUCACACAAUUCAGUAGCAAACUUGGAACUAUCUCCUGUACAGACUGAUAUGAAUACAAGUCAGUGUUUGACAGAUCCUAAAAUUUUAGAAUCUGAAAACUGGUUGACUCAACUCAAUCAAGAGCUUGAAAAUCAGGGGAUUCGUUUGCCAGAAAGAAUCAAUGAUGAUGAGCUUCGUAGAUUUUACACAGCUUCUAAUAAUGACUUUUCAUGCUUACUUACCUCAAUCAAGAAGACCAUACACUGGCGAGAGACUUACAGAAUUCUUUCAGAAGAAGAGCUGACAAUGUGGUCAAAAAUGGUGUUCUGGCAUGGGUAUGAUGUGAGGCACAGACCUUGUCUCAUUGUACGGCUUGGACUAGCUUGCAAUACAUUGACAUCUGAAGAUAGACCUCGAUUUGCUCAGGCAGUCAUAUCACAGGUAGAUUAUGGAGUCUUGUACUUGGUUGAUGAAGACAACCCUCAAAUUACAGUGUUGGUGGAUUGUGAAGGGUUGUCUCCUUUGAAAAUUCCCAUGCAAAUGAUGAGAUCUUGUGCUUCCCUUCUGCAAGACCACUUUCCUAAUCAUCUUGGUUGUUUGUUUGUCAUACGACUGCCAGCAGCUGUUCAUGUUAUUGCUCAGACUUUUAUUGAGGUUUUGAAGCCCGCUACUAGGAACAAGAUGAAAAUAGAAGGAGAGAUGUAUCAGAAGGUUCUUUCUGACUAUCUGCCGACACUGCCAUCAUAUCUUGGAGGCUGCUGCACGUGCAUAAUAUGCUCUGAAAUUGGCGAGUGGGAUAUGCCACAACCUUAUGCAACUUGGACCAGCAGGAGAGAUGGGGAAGGUGAUAUCAGUGACAAUGACGUUUCUCCGUCAUUGCAUCCUACCGAUGAAUUAGAAGGCCGCUUAUGUGGCAAUUAUGACCAGUUGUUGAGAACUGCUAUCGUAGGUAUUCUCAUAUUUUGGGUUUUAAUAGCUCUUGGUGCUGUAAUAUUUGAUCCCGGUAGUCGUUAUUUGCCCUCAUAAUGCAAGACUGGCCAAAUUAGUUUAUAUCCCUGUAGGAGUAAAUCUUUCUAGGAGGUGACAUUAUCCAAUUCCAAACAGUAGCCCACACUGUUGCAGAUUCUUGAGAUGAAUGAAAGAUCUCUAGUUAUCGCUUGCGCAAUGUAUAUUUAUA